UAAAUUCACUUGUCAUUGUCAAAUUGUCUACAGUGCAUAUCUUAAACAGUUGCUGCUUAUGAGGUUUCAUAGCCCAUUGAGUUAUUGAAACCAUCUAUGAUCCGUUUUAUCAUCUUUCUGCUUAGUUUAAUUCUCUGAAAAAAAGAACUACCAAAGAAAAAUUAAAAAUAAAGCAACAUUUUUGGCCAAAUAGCUCAAACCGUUACUAUGAAGGCCAGCAAUUUUUUGCUGUUCAUCAUUUUUGCAAUGAGUCACUUUGGGUUGCUCAUGCGUUUUACUCAGGCAAAGCUGCCCCAACAAGAAGUUGAUGCUCUUGAAGAAAUAGCAAGUACAAUGGGUGCAAAGUAUUGGAAGUUUAUUAAUGAUGAUUCUUGUCAAAUUGAAAUGGUUGGUGUUGCGGAAAACCGACCAACGGGAGCUGAGAGUAGCAUUUCUUGUAAUUGCACCUCGGCGAUAAACACUUGUCACGUCGUAAGCAUAGAACUGAAGCGUCUUAAUCUUCCUGGCGUGCUUCCACCUCAACUGGUUAAACUUCCUUUCCUUGAGAAAAUUGAUUUUGCAUAUAACUACUUGAGUGGUACAAUACCACCAGAAUGGGCUUCACUACGUUUAACUAACAUCUCUCUUCUUGUUAACCGCUUAUCGGGGAAGAUUCCUAAGGAGUUGGGAAAUAUUACUAGUCUCACGUAUCUGUGUCUGGAAGCAAACCAAUUCUUUGGCAGUCUUCCUCCUGAACUUGGGAACCUGAUCAACCUUCAAACUUUGAUGCUUUCCUCAAAUAAUUUGACUGGAACCCUACCAAUGACAUUUACUAAGCUGGGAAAUUUAACAGAUUUGUUAGUAGUUAUUAUGUAUAUGAUUUCCUUUAUGGUCAGUAUACUUGUCUCACUUGUGCAUUUUGUUAUUGAAUGCAGUAGGAUAAAUGAUAAUAACUUAAAUGGACGCAUUCCGGUUCUCAUACAGAAUUGGAAACAACUUCAAAGAUUAGAAUUGCAUGCGAGUGGAUUUGAGGGGCCCAUCCCAUCACAGAUAUCCCUUUUGGUUGAAUUAACUGAGCUGAGAAUUAGCGACAUAAGUGGGCCUGAGCAGAACUUUCCUACGUUGAAUGGCACAACAGGCUUAGUUAGAUUAGUCUUGAGAAACUGCAACAUAUCAGGGAAGAUCCCUUCAUACAUCUGGACAAGGAAGAGUUUGGAACUACUGGAUUUGAGUUUUAACAAUUUAGAAGGGGAAAUUUCAGAGACAAUGAUGAUGAAGCAUAUAAGAUUCAUCUUUUUAACUGGAAAUCAACUAAGUGGAAAUGUAACAAAAGAUUUCUUGAAGGAUGGAACUAGCGUAGAUCUUUCAUACAAUAACUUCACGUGGCAAGGACCUGAUGAAUAUACUUGUCUGGAAAGCAGGAAUCUAAACCUGAAUCUGUUCCGAAGCUCUUCCUCUUGGAACACCUCAAGAGGCCUUCCCUGCUUGAAGGAUUCUAACUGUCGACGAUAUUCAACUUGUUGGCAUGUUAAUAGUGGUGGAAAGGAUGUUAAUGUCAAGAACAAUAACAAUAACAAAGAACUUUUAUACGAGGGAGAUGGAGAUGUGGAAGGUGGCACUGCAAAAUUAUUUUUAAAUGAAAAGAAUGACUGGGGAUUUAGUAGUACUGGAGACUUCCUGGAUGAUAAUGAUUUCCAAAAUAAAUUUUAUGUUGCAAAUCUGCCGUCAUCAAAUAUGUCUGAGCUAUAUAAAUCAGCCCGCAUAGCGCCAAUUUCACUCACUUAUUUUCAUCAUUGCUUGGAAAAUGGGAACUACACAGUGAAUCUCCAUUUUGCGGAGAUACAGUUUACAAAUGGACAAACAUAUGAAAGUCUUGGGAGGCGUAUUUUUGACAUCUAUGUUCAGGAAAAGUUAAUGUUGAAAGAUUUCAAUAUUGUACAUGAGGCAGGGGGUGCACAGAAGCCGAGAGUGAUACCUUUAAAUAGUGUUAGUGUGACAGAUAAUGUGUUGGAGAUUCGAUUUUAUUUUGCUGGAAAAGGGACAACAAGGAUUCCUGAAAGAUCAGUAUACGGGCCUUUGAUAUCUGCUAUAUCUGUCGUUUCUAAUUCUAAGCACUGUUCCAAUGGUGGAAACAAUGAAACAACUUCUAUCAUUGUUGGGGUUGUUAUAGGAGCAUUAUGCCUGAUCUUUAUUGUACUAGGGAUCCUUUGCUGGAAAGGCUAUUUCAAAGGAAGAAGUAAGGGAAAUAAAGAUCUUAAAGGACUGGAAAUGCAGACAGGAAUUUUUACCUUGAAACAAAUAAAGGCUGCCACCAGCGACUUUGACUAUGCCAAUAAGAUUGGAGAGGGUGGUUUUGGACCUGUGUACAAGGGACAAUUACCAGAUGGAACUGCUAUUGCCGUUAAGCAGCUUUCAUCUAGAUCAAGGCAGGGCAAUCGUGAAUUCUUAAAUGAGAUAGGCAUGAUCUCUUGUCUGCAGCAUCCAAAUCUUGUGAAACUCCAUGGAUGUUGUAUUGAAGCCGAUCAGUUGAUGUUGGUUUAUGAGUACAUGGAAAAUAAUAGCCUUGCACGUGCAUUAUUUGAUUCAAGAUUUCAGAUUCCAUUGAACUGGUCAACAAGGCAUAAAAUUUGUAUUGGGAUAGCGAGGGGUCUAGCUUUUCUUCAUGAAGAAUCUAGACUAAAAAUUGUCCACAGAGACAUCAAAGCUACCAAUGUGCUGCUAGAUGGGGACUUAAAUCCAAAGAUAUCUGAUUUUGGAUUGGCUCGGCUUGAUGAAGAGGAAAAGACUCACAUCAGCACCAAAAUUGCCGGGACUAUUGGAUAUAUGGCACCAGAAUAUGCGUUAUGGGGUCAUCUCACCUACAAAGCAGAUGUUUACAGUUUUGGAGUUGUGGUCUUGGAAAUUGUUAGCGGGGAGAACAAUAAUAACUAUAUCCCAAGCAAUGAUUACGUUUGUCUUUUAGAUUGGGCCUGUCAUUUACAACAGAGUGGAAACCUUAUGGAGUUGGUGGAUGAGAAAUUAGGCUUUGAGGUAGACAAAAAGCAAGCCGAAACUACGAUUAGAGUAGCUCUCCUGUGCACUCAUGCAGCUGCUUCACUUCGGCCUACAAUGUCUGAAGUGGUGAACAUGCUUCAAGAACGAAUGACAGUUCCUGAAGUGGUCUCAGAGCCAAGCAACUAUGGUAGUGAUUUAAGAUUCAAGGCUAUUAGAGACCUCCAUAAGCACAGGAAAGAUGAAAGUUCCAGUGUAAGCCAUACCAAGAGUUUGACCACAGUUAUGUUCCACUCGUCCUCAUCAGAUGACAAUGGUCCCUCUGGAUUAACCCCACAAUCUAUGGUGCCAUGAUGGUGUUGAGCAUUCUUUAUUUUUGUACAAUUUUUCACUUGUGAACCUAUAAGCAGUUGUAGGGUAAGAGAAGAAUUGUUCUCUUUUACUUCAUCCUUGAAAUUUUAGUGGGUGCUUUUUUUCCCCUGUAAAUAAUGGAGUACUCCUCUUCAAACUAUGGAUCCAGUUAGUUUUGUUUAAGAUGUAUUUUCCAACGUUACAAUGUACAUACAUAUUUUUAAUGGAUUCCCAGUGAAACUCCU